GAUUUUAUCCAGGCAUUGUGUGAGAAGCAUUCUCUGAGUGCACAUGUCUCGUGUGCUGCGGGCAAAGGUGGUGCCUAGAUGUCUUUCCCUAAAAGUGCAGUUCAGAAGCAAUGGAAAAUUUUGGAGGGUGCCGUCAGAAGGGGCGAUGUCUCCCGAGUUUCUUCCAUCCUCGACGACAACCCCGACCUCUCCGCCGUCCCCGGCCCGCACUCCUUGCUCCACAGCGCCGUGGACUCCGAAGGGGACUGCACUGCGCUGCUGCGGAAGCUGCUCGACGCUGGAGUCCCGCCCGACACUCAGAGCCUGGCGACCAUCGGCGCUCUCCACCUCGCGGCGAUGAAGAGAUGCUGCAACUGCAUGAAGCAGCUGCUCGACUCGGGUGCCGACGUCGACCUCAAGGACAUUCAGGAUCGAACCCCCUUGUUUUACGCAGUCAAUCACACUCGCGGCGGAAGUGGUCAGUGCAUACAGCUGCUCCUGGAGAAGGGCUCUUCAGUCAACGCUACGUGCGAGGGCCGCAUCACGCCCCUCCACGUCGCCGCAGAAGUGGGCAACGUCACAGCCGCUCAGCUCUUGCUGAAGGCAGGGGCGUUCCACGGUGCGAGAGACAAGGACGGCUGCACGCCCUUGCAUCUGGCCACGACCUCCGGCACGGUGGAGGUACUGCUGGCGGGCGGAGCUGAUGUCACAGCGAAGGACAACGCCCUUCAGACGCCGCUGGAGAGAGUGGUCCAGUUCUACCCGACGGUCGCCCAGACGCUGCUGGACGCCGGCGUGGAAGUGCGCGGGAACCCGCAGGAAAAGGACCUCCGCGUCUUUUUCCAUCUGAAUACUGUGACUGGCGGCAGCAGCCCAUGCGAAGUGGAUCUCUUAGACAAAAUAGAAGAUUAUGGCCACUACGACCUUCUAAAGCAUCCUCUCUGCGAAAUAUUUCUCCACCUGAAGUGGUAUCACGUGCGACCGCUCUUCUACAUCUUAUCAUUCUUACGUGUGACCAUGAUCGUCUCCCUGACGUCGUACCUGACCCUUCAGCGACGCGUUGAGAGGAAGGAGGCCGGGGAAGCCGCCAACUGCUCCGUCUGGAACGGUGGCCUGGACGACCUCCUCAGCGAUGAUUGGUUGAACGUUGGCAUCACUUCAAUGCGAGUAUUGGCAGGGCUACUUGUAGGCUUAUUUGUCGUGUGGGAAUUGGUGAGACUUUUGGCGCUCAAGUUUCAGUUUUGGAGGAGAGUGGAUUCACCUAUUUCCAUUGUUUUCUUUGUGUGUUCUGCCGCGCUGAUAAUAAAGGACUGUGAUAUAGAAGGGUGGGAAAAACACCUCGGAUGUCUGGCGGUCUUGACAGGCUGGUUGCAGGUGACUUUCAUCCUGUCCCACAGCCCCGAUAUGGGCAUUUAUGUCCAGCUGUUCAAGGUGGUGGCGCUCAGGAUGACAAAGUUCACGGUCGUCUACCUGCCCAUCUUCCUGGGUUUCGCCCUCUGCUUCCGGGUGACCUUCGACAAGAACGGAGCCACCUUCGCGACGCCUCUCUCCUCCGGCAUCAAGGCCCUGGCGAUGAUGUCAGGCGAGCUCGACUACAACUCCGUCCUGGGUCAUCACAAGCCCGUCCUUCCGGGAACGAGGGAAAUCAUUUUCUGCUUCUACGUCCUGCUGAUUGCAAUAUCCACAGUCAAUCUGUUGGUGGGCCUUGCUGUCAGGGACAUCCAACUCCUGAUGAAGAAGGCGGGCGUGAAUCGCCUGGCGGUCACCGUCCUCUUGGAGAUCCAGAUCGACGAAUUCUUCAACUCGGCCCUCGCCUCCUGCCUGAUCUGCCGCCUCCUCCUCCGGCCGCUGAAGGACAUGACGUCCCUCCUCCCGAACCUGGCCGUGAAGUCGCUGAAGGUCGGCCGCUCCAGCUUCAGGCCCCGGGGCACCAUCGCCGACUUCGGAGCGCAAGGUCGGGCGGCCCGGAAGCUGAACGAAGCGGAAAAGUACUACAACGUGUUCAUCUGCCCGAACCGCACCGAAGCCCCCGGCCGGGUGUACCGAAGCCUCACGCCCAACGAAUUCUGCAGCGAGGAGUUCACCGAGCGGCCCGCCGGCUACACGCUCCCCUCCUGGAUCGUGAGGAACACCAAGCUCCUCGUCAGCAGCGACCGCUUCAGGAGGAAGGUCGAGGGAGGCGAAGGAGGGAAGCAGGCGCAGGGGGAGGCCUCGAUCCUCAGCUCAGGCUCCUUCUGAAGGGCGGGAGGGCGUGGGGGCGUGGGGCGUGGGGGCGGA